AUGCAACCUCUGGUGUCUUCACCUGUCCACUCGUACACGACCAGCAUCAGCAUCCAGCCAUCGCCUAUGGCCCUCGACGUUACCACGCAAUUGUCCAGGGUCAUGUCUCCCAAGGCCAAGUCGUUUCCAACUGAACAUCACCUGAGUGCCGAGAGCGUGUCCUUUGCGUUCUCUCCGACGGCCAAACUUCCACGUCUUGCCGUUCCUAUGGACGACGAUCUCACAUACCUCAACGGUCAGCACGAGUCCGAGUAUAUCCACCUGUCAAUUUUGGAUCCCUACUUCGACGUGACGCCUUCCCGCGUGCACAUGGCGUUUCAGGAAGCCGACCCGAUGGGUUUGGGUUCUUUGAGUCCCGAGCAGUUCCGUGCAGCGCUCGAGAGCAUGGGGAUUCGAUGUCGCGACGAAGCCGUGUUCCAGACGUUGGUGAACAGCAUGACGAAAGGAUCAAACCAGUCGACAAUCUCUAUCACGGAGUUUGAGCGUGUGGUGCAAAAGCUCAAGCUCGGGAACCUCUUUGAAGAAAACACGAUGGCGCUGUUCCGCAAUGGGGACAGCUCGUCACGUUUCGAAGUAUGCGACUUUUCAUCCAAGCGACUGGCGCUGUACCGCCCGGAUCUGCGCAGUUUCUUUACGAGUGAACCCGCGCCGUGGGUGUCGUGCCGAUGGAUCAACAUGCAAGGCCACGACCAUUUGAACCUGAAGCGGCUGGCAAUCAAGUACCGUCUGCAUCCUUUGGCCAUGGAAGACACGAUCGAGUUGAAUGAACGGCCCAAGUUUGACACGUACAACACCCAUCGCUUUGUCGUGUUCCCCAUUCUCCAUCACACUCUGGGCCACCGCGCGUCCUCCUCCGACCCUCGUUCAAACACACUGGGUCACCAGCCAUUUGGACGACUCGACAAUAUGAAUUCCAAGACGUGGUCCACGGCAUCGACGCGAUCCCGGCGACGAACAUCCUCGUUCUUGACAACUAACGACACGGAAGGCGAGGACGAGCGGUUCCUUCUGACCGUCGAGCAUGUCGCCAUCUUUCUUGUCGGCGACGACACGUUGAUCACGGUCAAACAGUCGACGGACGCCUCGAUCUGGCACGCCGUCCACCGUCGGCUCGCGUCGACGUACUCGAAGGUGCGUCACAACGAUGCCAACUUUUUGCUGUACUCGGUGCUCGAUGUAAUCGUGGACCAAAUGACGGGCGUCAUGGACGACGUUCGGUCCUACUUGAAGCAUCUCGAGCACGAACUCGACACACUCCGCCACCGCUUUGAUAUCGAGACGCUCCGAGAUGUCCACACCGAGCUGGGCCAACUCCCCCGCGUGAUUAAACCCACACGCGACGUGCUCAAGAGCUUGCUCGCGAGUCGUGACCUACCCGACACGACCAAGGCGUACCUCCGUGACGUUCACGACCACUUGAACCACAUUCUGGACGAAAUCGAGUGGCAAUUUCAGAUGUGCCGCAGCAUGACGGAAGAGUACCGCGACGCGAAAGCUGCCCAAGUCAAUUACGUCGUGUACACACUCACGAUAGUCACGACGGUGUUUUUGCCGGCGCAGUUCUUAACGGGGGUUUACGGCAUGAACUUUGACAACAUGCCAGAGCUCCAUUCGCCGUACGGGUACGCUGCGUUUUGGUUGAUUUUGUUUUGCUGCACCGGCGGGAUGCACUUCUACUUUCGCCACAAGCAAUGGGUAUAAAGCCAACCGCACGCGGAAGUACCAAGGAGCAGUCCUCUCUCAAAUGCAAAGCACACGCGGAAGCUGCUUGCGUCUGCACGAGGCCGUACUCACACGGGUGGGAGUUGACUGCACGAUAUAAUACGAACACGUCAUGUUUCCACAAAAAUUCAUGAAAA